CGCGGCGUCCCGGCCAUGACGAAGAUCAAGGCGGACCCCGACGGCCCCGAGGCGGCGGCGGCGGGCGGCGCGGAGCGCUCGUACCAGGAGCUGCUGGUGAACCUGAACGCCAUCGCGCAGCCGCUGGCGUCGCGCCGCCUCACGCGCAAGCUCUACAAGUGCAUCAAGAAAGCCGUGAGGCAGAAGCAGAUCCGCCGCGGCGUGAAGGAGGUGCAGAAGUUCGUGAACAAGGGCGAGAAAGGGAUCAUGGUCUUGGCAGGAGACACGUUGCCAAUUGAGGUAUAUUGCCAUCUUCCAGUCAUGUGUGAAGACCGGAAUUUACCUUACGUCUACAUCCCUUCUAAAACGGACUUGGGUGCAGCCGCGGGUUCUAAGCGUCCCACUUGUGUGAUCAUGGUGAAACCCCAUGAGGACUACCAGGAGGCCUACGAUGAGUGUCUGGAGGAGGUGCAGGCCCUGCCACCACCUUUGUGAAGGACUUGGCCUCAGUCUGGCACCUGAUCCAGAAGCUACAAGGCUGGCCAUGGACAGGCUUCCCUCCCUCGGCGCCUCCUGAGCCCCAGGAUGGGUUCUUCAUGGACAGCUCCGACAGAUGUUUUGGGAGGUAGAGCCAGCGUCUUCUCCAUCGUGCGUUUCCUGUUGAGCUUAAAUGAAGAUAGUUCCAAGAAUGGGGUGGGAAGUAAAUGCUAAGACAAAA